AUGACAGAAAACUACUAUCACAGUUACAGCAGAACUAGUAACUUCCCUCCUAGUGAGGGUUACGGUGAUUAUACUGAAGAAACGCGCGAAGAGUCUGAAGAUGGAACCACAACCUAUCACUAUACAAAGUCGUCAGGCGAUGAAGUGUUUUUGCAUGUUCGCCAUGAUUUGAAAAACCAGCCCCCUCCAUCAUUUGAGCUCUCAAAUUGUCAAGGAAAGAAGAGAGCCCUUUUGAUUGGUAUCAAUUACACUGGCACACCCAACGAGUUAAAAGGAUGUAUCAAUGAUGUUCAUAAUGUUAAGAACUUCUUGACAACCCUAUACGGAUUUCAAGAAGAGGACAUGGUAAUCUUGACUGAUGAUCAAGAAGAACCACAGCUUAUUCCAACCAGGGCCAACAUUUUGGCAGCUAUGGAAUGGCUUGUUCAUGAUGCCAACCCUAAUGACUCAUUUUUCUUUCACUACAGUGGUCAUGGUGGUAGUGUCAAGGAUAUCAGUGGUGAUGAAGAUGAUGGCUAUGAUGAGACAAUUUAUCCAGUCGACUUUCAAGAAUUUGAUGGCGAAUCCGGUCAGAUUAUUGACGAUGAUAUGCACGAUAUUAUGGUGAGACCAUUGUGUGCUGGAUGUCGAUUGACCGCAAUCUUUGACAGCUGCCACUCGGCCACUGCACUUGACCUUCCAUACAUUUACUCUACACACGGUGUCAUCAAAGAGAUGAAUCUUUUCAAGGAUGCUGGCAAGGGUCUGCUUACUGCUGGUGUGGCAUAUCUUCAGGGUGACAAGAUGGGAGCAUUUUCUUCGAUGAAGGACACAGCCAUGAGACUGUUCAAUGCUCGUGAUGUUGGAGAGCAAAACAGACAGCAGAACAGUUCUCCUGCAGAUGUUAUCAUGUUUUCAGGAUGUAAAGACGAUCAAACUUCUGCAGAUAGUCAAGAGGCAGGAAAGGCUACCGGUGCCAUGAGUUAUGCAUUUACUUCUACUCUUCGAGAAAACCCCAACCAAUCAUACCACAUGCUGUUGAACAGCGUUCGCGACAUCUUGCGAAACAAAUAUGAGCAACGUCCUCAGAUGAGCUCUUCUCAUCCUAUUGAUGUCAACCUUAUGUUUGUCUGUUAA